CGACAAGCCCCAGCCACCGUUGCGAAAAAAUGGCGGGGGAUAUAGGCAAGUCGACUCUUCGACCCUGCAAGAUCAUCCCUAGACUCGCGCCAGAUCAUCAACGGCCGCCUUGAUCACAAAUUUACCCUAGCAACCGUCCAACACACCAGACCUCGUUGCUGCAAUUGACACGAGAGAACUCCGGCCUAGCCACAGAGCAGAUAAAUCCAGCCCAGGCUCGUAGCCAUGCGCUUCAGCACAACAUCCAUCCUCGCGGCGACCACAUACUUCGUCCUCCACGCACGAGCAUUACCGCACCCAGCACCACCUCCGACGUACAAUGUUGUCGAUGUCGGCGGUCCGACGAGUACUCCCGACGAGCCAGCAACAAUUUACGAGACGGUGAAGACGACAUUGUCAGCCAAGCAGACAGUGACAAAAGUGGCGCCAGCGGCGACUACUCCUACAACACCGAGUGUCGCGACAGUGGAGGUUGCAACAUCAACGACAGUCAGCUCUUCGCAAUGGACAGUGGUGAUUGGUACUGUGCCGACAUCAACGUCUUCUUCAAGCACGAGUUCGACAAUCACAAGCUCAACAUCAACAAGUUCAUCCUCGAGCACCUCUACGCCAUGCACGACAACAACCACGGCCGAGCCAGUCUAUCCUGUCGAACAGCCCACGCACACAGGUGAUGAUGGUCUAUACCAUCCUCUGGGAGACAAUGGCAAAUACCAACCUUGGAAGCCAGCCGCGACGACAUUGUCAAGCUCUAGCGUUCCGGGCUACCAUCCAGUUGCCGCCGCCACGAGCUGGGCUGUACCGGUCAACGGGACGAAGAGCUAUUAGAGGCUACGAUUCGUGGAAUGUCAGGAAGGAACCAACGAGUUUGGACUUGGCACCGACCUGACGGCCAACAGUGCAUGCAUUAUAUACUUGUACAGCAUAGCGAGGAAUGACUAGCAAUGGGUCUUUGUAGUAUCAGCGGAUCAUGAGCGAUGGAGUUAGUGUUCAGAAUGAUGAUGAGAAAUAGACAGCGAAGAACAAGAUGGGACGGGUUUUGGUGAACGGAACGCUCUGCUAGUGCAGCAUAGGAGCUAAUGUAUAAGCGUAAUGAUUUUGAACGACAGUAUAGAAAACGGAACAUUCAGUGCU